AUGCAAGGACUUCGCCGAAUAGGUGACUUACCUCAUGGAGAUGUUGUUUGUGCUGUUACUUUAGCUAAAGAUGGACGUAGAGUAUUUACUGGUGGAAAGGGGGCUGUAAAAGUUUGGGAUAUUACUGAACGAAUAUUUAAUUCAUCAACAGCAAAUGCUUCUAAUGAUACAUCAAGUGGUGAUGAUAUGGGGGGAGUUGGAUCUGUUGAAACUGCUAGUAAUGGAGGUGGUGGUGGGAGGGCUGCAAGUGCAGAGCCAUGGUUGCCUGUAGCUACUUUUCCGUGCCUAAAAGAUAGCUAUAUUCGUUCAUGUAAAUUAUUUUCUGAUGGAUCAACUUUAAUUGUUGGAGGGGAAACAAAAACAAUUUGUAUAUUGGAUGUUGAAAGAGGAGGGGAAAUAAAACAAACAUUUGAUUGUGAAGCAGAAGCUUGUUAUGCUUUAGCUAUUUCUCAAGAUUGUAAAACUUUGUUUUCUUGUUGUUCUAAUGGUGUUGUGAAUGUUUGGGAUUUGACUUCUGGUGAAAGAAUUGUUCAAUUAAUUGGGCAUUCUGAUGGGGCUAGUUGUGUUGAUAUAAGUGGUGAUGGACAGAAGUUGUGGACUGGAGGGUUGGACAAUACUGUUAGGUGUUGGGAUAUUGGGGCUAGACAACAAAUUGAAGCCCAAUUAUUGGAAAGUCAGAUUUUCUCACUUGGUUGUUGUCCAACUGAUAAUUGGGUUGCUGUAGGAUUGGAAGACAGUAAUGUUCAGGUUCUAAACAGCGAACCUAUGAGCGAAAAGUAUUUAAUUAGUGCUCAUCAAAGUUGUUGGUUUGUUUCCACUGGAAAAGACAACGUUGUAAAUUGUUGGCGCACCCCUUAUGGUUACAGACUUAUAAAAACAAAGGAAGUAAGUUCUGUUCUAAGUUGCGACAUUUCUGAAGAUGAUCGUUUUCUUUUAACUGGAUCGGGAGAAAAAAAGGCAUCUCUAUAUGAAUUGAGCUUUUAAUUAAUUAAUUAAUUUUUUUGAAGGAGAGAAAAUUUUUUAAAAUAUUCUUCUCUUUAAUUUUAAUUUUCAGUAAUCACUCAUUAUUUUUCGUAUAUUUAAUAAUAUAAAAAUAGCCCAUCUUCCCCUAUACUUUUUUAAAUUUCGGAUCCUUUUAGAAUUUAUUUUUUGGCUGAUUUUGUUAUCAAUCCGAUUAUUUUUUCAUUCUUCUUAUUGGAAUUUUCUAGGUUAUUUUACAGUA